UCUCUCUCUCUCCGACGGAAAGCAAAGGGUUUUCUUCGCCUGUUUCACUCAUCUCAUCCCAAAUCUCCACUAAAAUCAUGUCUGGAACACCUACACAGUCUCGACGUCCUUUAUCUCGAGGUACUAGUAGUUCUUCAGCGCCUUUUGUAUCUCGGGAAUCACCAUCCGCACCUUCUCAGGAUGGACAGCCAUUGUCGACUGACAUGGACAUUGACGAGGUGAUCCGGCAACCUGGCCGAGAAACUCUUCCACGUCUUAAUCCUAAUUAUAAAACCAUUCCAAACACCACUUGGUUUGGAUUAUCAGAGAGUGGUGUCAGCAAAAGUCUUCUGAGAAUUGUUUACUCUGGUUUGCUACCGAAAGGUUGGCCGACAUAUGCAGAGAUUCCUCCACGCUACCGCAACCUCUGGUUUCGGCAAUUUGCGCAAGAGUACAAUUGGGAUUCAGGAUUGACUGGGAGAGUGAAGAUCUCAUUUGAUCAAUACGCCACUAGAUACUACAGCGGUCGAAUCAGUGAGUGGAAAAAAGUAUGGGAGGCUGGGAAAACCCCUAAGAACGUCAGCCUGACUGUUUUGGAGGAGUUGAUAGUUCAUUGGGGGAAACCAGAAACAAAGGCCCAGUCAGAAACCAACUCGAAGAACAAGCGUAGUGACCGUGGCGGGAAAGGAGCUUAUGUCCACAACCUUGGCUCAACUAGUUUACUUUCUCGAGAACGUCAACUAACCAGAGCAGAUGACAUCAUCUCAACCCAAGUUUCUCAAUCUGAAGAUGGAUCUUUUGCUUUCUCCAACACCUUAACUUUGGAGCAAAUAAACAACCUUGUUCUUGAGGCUGUUCCAAAGAAGAAAGGUCGAUACGUUGGGAUAGGUCGUUCAAUCAAUGAUGGAUUAUCUUCUUCGGUUCAUUCUCUUUAUCCCGUUGACGACCUCAUGGAACAGAUCAAGAACAAAGACGAGGAGAUUGCGUUCUUGAAAACCGACAAUGCUGAGAUCCGGGCUGAGCUGCAAGUAACCAAGAGUCUCACCGAAACAAUUAUGGAUAAACAAAGAAUCGUUUUGGAGAAGAUUUUUAGUUUUUAUUUUAUUUUCAAACUUGUAAUGUAA